UUUUCAUCUCAGACAAACUCGCAACUUUACCAGUUGGAACUGAAGCUAUAGAUGCAAAAGAGAUGGCCUUCAAAGUCAAAAGCUGACCAGAUACAUCGAAGCUACGGCGAGCGCGUGCAGGGCGAUUACGUCGCAACCGAGGGAAGUGGAUCUGACGAAGCGUGCGUCGACCGAAUCCUGAUCUCGACAAGGCGAGGCGAUGGACGGACACAACUAAGAAGAAGAGACGGAGAGGUUUUGCGCGGGGCAUUUCAUCGAGCACCUGGGGGGUCGAGCCACAAACAUGUGGAGAAGAUGGUUGUCCGGUAACCAGCUGAGGCUGAAUGCCUUGGGCACGGCGGCGUCCGGGUUCAGCUACGGCGGGGGCCACCGCAUUUGCUCCUCUGUGUCGCAGCCGCCGCCGCCACCGUCGUCGGCGGUUUUCCGCGUGUUGAGCAGGGCAUUGUGUUGUGAAUCGGCAGGGAAUGGAGGAGGGGCUUCGCCGCCGCCGCCGCCGUCUUCCUUUUCUACUCCGUCUUCUUCAGCUGGAGACAAGGAGCCCAUAUCGCUCGCGGAGGCCAAGAGUCUGAUGCGGCUGGUGAACGUGGGGGCGCUGAAGAAGAAGCUCGGGAUGGAAGAGAAGGAGGUGAUCACGUACAAGGAGCUGCUCGAGGCUUGCCAGAGCAUGGGGAUCGCCAAAUCUCCCGAAGAGGCCGCCGCCUUCGCCCAGGUCCUCGACCAAGCCGGGGUCAUCCUUCUCUUCAGGGACAAGGUUUAUCUUCAACCUGAUAAGGUAGUGGAUCUGGUAAGACGAGCAGUACCUAUUGCUCUAAUGCCUGAUGACGACCCCAUGAGGGAUGAGCUCAAGAAACUUCAAGCGAGAAAGGAAGAAAUUGAUGUCUUGGCACACAAGCAAGUCCGCCGCAUCCUCUGGACAGGGCUGGGGUUGUCUGUGUUUCAGGUCGGGCUUUUCUUUCGGCUAACGUUUUGGGAGUUCUCCUGGGAUGUCAUGGAACCUAUUGCAUUUUUCACUACAACCACCAGCAUAGUACUAGGCUAUGCAUAUUUCCUCUUCACCUCCAGAGACCCUACUUACCAAGACCUAAUGAAGAGGCUUUUCCUCAGACGGCAAAGGAAGCUGCUCAAAAAGCACAGUUUUGAUGUCGACAGAUUCGUGGAAUUGCAGAAGAAGUGCCAAUCGCCUCUAGACGCCAACACCUCCAUUAAGAACCGUGUAGGCGUGGAUUUGGAAUUGGAAGAUGCCUUGCGUUGAAAGGUUUUUUUGUUUUCAGCCAAGGCCUUGUGUUAACGGUUAACGUUCUCCUCUAUUUUUGGGUACUAACAUGCUUUGAAUUCCUCUGCUGUGAACCUUCGCUCUUCGGGCUUCGCCGGUUACUAUUCGGAAGCAAACAAAAAGUAUAUCCAGUUAGGAAGCUGUU